AUGUUAGUCAAACUUGGCUCAAGUGUUAAGCAUGUAGACUACAACAACUUAAAGGGACAAAAUUACACCACAGAAAAUAGAAGCAAAUGGUCAUUUGGUUGCCAGUUUGAUUUGAUUCUGAUUUUCUCACGCAAAACAGUGACUUUGGCCCUAUCAGUGAUAAAAUCAAAAUCAAUGGUGACGGUGCAAGAAUGACCCGAAAUUCAAAUUUACUUUAUUUUCAUUUUCUAUGUUGCACACUUAGUUUAGUCAAUGGGUCUGAGAGUUAUCACACAUUACGAGUCAUUUCAGAGUUUGUUCAAGGAAGUAAUAUACUUAAUUACCACAGGUAAAAUUUACAGUGGAUGGCUAGGAGGUUAAAAACCGAAUUCUAUCUCGGCGGUGAUAACUAAUUUAUCUUGCCGAUGCUUGGACUCAAGGGGGCAACAUCCAAUUAUCCUUGUGCCUGCUGUAACAUACAUAACUUAUUGCUGGAAAAUCAAUAAUGACUACAACAAUUACAACACUUCACCCUUGGAAAGAACACCGGAAGAGAUUUGUGAAAUGUCAAAAAAUCUUAUGAAAGUUAUCGUUGCGAUAAACAACCUUUCUUGAAUACCCCUCUUAAUCAUUUAGUGGUAGAUGAGCUUUACCUAACGCUGCGUGCCACAGAUACCAACGAAAUGCUGACGGGAAAGCUAGUGGCAAACACGACUGGACAAGUCUCUUAAGAAAAGACAAGAGGAUCCUUUAGGCUGACCGGUCAUACUAUGCAAGUCAAUUCCUAGCACAUACAAUGUUUCUUCCUUUCUUUCCAACAGAAGCCAUGUUAUGGACAUUUGGGACUUUGCAAGGCAGCAUUUAUACUGUUUGCUCUUUGAUUUCUAAUAAAAUCGCCCUCACUACGGAUGUAUGGCACUUUGCAGGGCAACAUUUAUACUAUGCAAGUCAAUUCCUAGCUGAUGCAAUGUUUCUUCCUUUCUUUCCAACAGAAGCCAUAUUAUGGAUAUUUGGGAAUUUGCAGGGCAGCACCUAUACUAUGCAAGUCAAUUCCUAACAGAUGCAAAGUUUGUUCCUUUCUUUCCAACAGGUGCACCGUCACAAUGGAUAUAUGGGACUUUGCAAGACAGCAGUUAUACUGUUAGCUGUUUGCUUUCCAAUAAAAACCGCCAUCACUACGGAUAUAUGGGAAUUUGCAGGGCAGCACCUAUACUAUGCAAGUCAUUUCCUAUCAGAUGAAAUGUUUCUUCCUUUCUUUCCAACAGGAGCAACGUUACAAUAGAUAUAUGGGACUUUGCAUGGCAGCAUUUAUACUAUUUGCUUUCCAAUGAAAUCGCUAUCACUACGGAUGUUUGGGAUUUUGCAGGGCAGCAUGUA